GGUCCCAAACCAACUACCCAGGCCACACAGUGUCAAAACACUGUGUGGCACACGCAGUGAAGUGUUUCCAUAGAUUUAGGCAUCAACAUGUCCCACAAUGUGAAAUACUCUCCUCUCCUGCGAUCACACACACUAACACCUCCUCAGCUGUGUCAUAAAGUGUGUGACGCAGCCCACAGCUCUAGUAUGAAAGGGCAAACUCUACUCAGCAAGGCAGACGGUGCGGUGCUGUGCAGGUCAGAGGAUCUGGCUGAUGACAGCGUCCCGGCUCUGAAAGCUCAGCUGUGGCCAGACAGAAAGGAAGAAACAGGGAUGGAGAAGCUGCUGAGGAAGUGUCAGAUCAGAAGCACGCUGGUCAGGGAGUGUUUGGCUGAAUGUUUGGGAGUAUACGUCCUGAUUCUGUUCGGUUGUGGCUCAGUGGCCCAGGUGACCACGACUGGGGACAAAAAAGGAGAGUACCUUUCAAUCAAUCUGGGUUUUGCUCUUGGUGUAACAUUUGGGGUCUUCGUGUCACGUGGAGUGUCAGGUGCCCAUCUGAACCCGGCUGUUACUCUGAGUAUGUGUGCACUGGGCAGACAUCCCUGGAUGAAGCUGCCCUUCUACGUCUUCUUCCAGUUGUUUGGAGCGUUUCUGGCUGCAGCAACAGUCUCUCUGCAGUACUAUGAUGCCAUCAUGGCGUACAGUGGAGGUAAGCUGACAGUGACCGGCCCCACAGCCACAGCAGGCAUUUUCUGCACCUACCCAUCCGACUACCUGAGUGUGUGGGGAGGAGUCCUGGACCAGGUGAUAGGCACGGCUGCCCUCCUCCUGUGUGUCCUGGCUCUCGGAGACAAAAGGAACACCUCCAUCCCUGACAGUCUUCAACCUGUGCUGGUGGGGGGUGCUGUGCUGGUUAUCGGCAUCUCGAUGGGCUCCAACAGCGGCUAUGCCCUCAACCCUGCCAGGGAUUUUGGACCUCGAUUGUUUACGUACAUGGCCGGUUGGGGAGUGGAAGUUUUCACGGCUCGAGGGGGUUGGUGGUGGGUGCCCAUAGUGGCCCCAUGUGUGGGUGCCCUGCUGGGGACUCUGCUCUACCUGCUGAUGAUCGAGGUCCACCAUCCUCUGAGUUCAUCUGAGCUGCAGACUUCGUGUCAGGAGGCCACUGAGGGCAAGACAGGUGUGGAGCUGGAGGGGGUGGAGCCAGGCUGUGAAAAACCCACCUAGUGUUCAAAGAAAGCAAAGGAGCUUGUGGAUUCAGUAAAUGUUAUUUACCAGGUGAAACCAUCUUAACCUGUCUUUGUAAAUGUCUGUUUAAUAGAACAAGUUUAGCUCUUAUUAUUUGUAGUUGAAACCUAACCUGAUCUCUGACGAUGUGGUCGACAGCUACAGGAUGGAUUGAUAUGGAAUCAUGUUCAUGGUCCCUUGAAGAUAGAUCCUUCUGGCUUUAGAGACCCCUUGGCCUUUCCUAGAGUAGCUUCAACUCAUUACAAGAUUUUUUUUCAUCCAAUCAACUUAAAAAUAUAAAGACGCAAUAUAAUUGAUAUAAAUACUUAUAGAAAUUCAUGAUCCCCAAAUGGUGAAUCCUGGUGACUUGUGUUAUCAACUCCAGUACCUCCAGUGAUUUAUGUCUGUGGUUCUGAAUUAAAUUAAAUUAAAUUAUAGCUUCUAUACGUGGGACGCUUAGACCGCUAGGCCACCAGCGCCCCAAAUAUACUACAUCUUUAAAUCAUAACUUGGGAAUGAAGUGGUUCUAAAAAUAAGUUGAAAUGUAUUACUAUGAGUCAUAGCUGUUUUCACUCAUUGUGGUUUUCUGUGUAUUGUAAUUUUGUCCAACACUUGCUGCACAAGAAAGGUAAAUACAGACCCAGAGAGACACUAGCAGAAGUCUUGUACAUCAUAUAUGUUAUUUUAGGUAAAAGCAACAUAUGCAUAGUAGAAAACACAUGAACCUGCUGCACGAGUCAGUCAUCUCUUUUACACAUUUAUUUCGAAACAGCACAAAAGUGUAUGGCAUUUCAGCAAGCAGACCACAACCAUGGAAAAGAAAAUGACAUGUAAUUUUUCCACUAUUGAGCUAUAUAAAUAUGAUAUCAUGACAUAUAAAAGAUACAAACAAAAUAAAUCCACUCGUUGGCCUCCA